AUGAAGAAGAAUACUAAUAACAAUAUUAGUGUCGAAAAUGAUGAUGAUAACGAUGAUAAUAAUGAGGCUGUUGGUGAUGCCAAUAAUAUUCAUGAUAAUGGUGAUAAUGAGGAUGAGAAUAAUGACAGUGAUAGUAAUGAUGAUCUUGAUAAUGACUUCAAUGAACUAAUAAAAUUUGCCGAAACUUCAGAAUCUAAUCUUGCUGAAGAUACCUUUAGAUUUGAAAAUAAUGAAGACAGUAAUACUGAAGAUCUUCAAGGGUUUCAAUCAACAGUUGGUAUCAACAGUGAUAGAUCUACGUUUGAUGUUAAUAAUAAUGAUAAUAAUAAUGAGCAAAUUACAGCAUGUACUAAAGAAUUACAGCAAUCAAAUCAAAAUAAUUGUAGACAAGCAAAUAUACGUUCGCCAAAAUUGAUUUUACACGCUGCUCCAAAAGAAAAACAAAAUUUUAUGACUUCUGAUAAAAGUUCUGGGAAUAAAAGUAAUAUAUACAUACACGCACACGCGUCUACAUCAACAGUGUCUGAAAGUAUAACAAAUACAGGAGUUGAUACAUUAUUGAACGUAAUUGUGCAACCGGCUAUUAAAAGAAGAGGACGGCCCAGAGGGACUGACAAGACUGUUAUUGGAUUACCAAAAAAAAAGAAGCCACAUAAUGAAAAAUCUAUUAUACCUUUCAAUCAAAAAGAAAUUAAUGAUCAACGAAAAAUAAUAUUAAAGUGGUUUUUGAUAGCAGAUAAAACUAUAAAAAAAGUACUUGACAAUAAACAAAAAUUAUGUGAUUCUGAUGUAACUAUUGACUAUAAGGACUUAACUUAUGCUAUUCUUGAUGAUACAAAUGUUAAUUUAUCAAUAAUUAAGCCAUAUUUUACUAAUCAGGGGUGGAACAAAAUUAUCAAGAUAUGUGAAUCGAAAAACUGCAAGAAUGGGAAUGUAAAUAUUGUAAAUUAA